AUGCUGCUCACCACGCCAGUGUAUUCUGAGGAGAAGGGAGAGGGUCGGCUGCAUCUUUGGAUGACAGACAAUGCCCGUGUGCACGACGUUGGGCCGGUAUCUCGCGAAGGUGAUGAUGCCGCCGCCAGCUCCUUGCUGUACAGAGCCGACAAGAAGGAGUUGAUUUUACUGUACGAGAAGAAGAGCGGAGAUUCAUACAGUCUUGUCGCCGUGAGCCUGACUGAGCAGCUGGAGCGGAUAAAGAGCGUGGUGAAAGCCUGGAAAGAUAUGGACACCGCACUCAACAACUGCCUUUCCACUGGCACUGUUGACCCGCGGAUAAAGAAUGUGUGCAAAGGUCCUGUUCCCACGGAAGGGCUGGUUGGCUUUUGGUCCAACAGUUUGGAGGGGAAUUUAUGGAAGGACGAAUACCUCGGAGUGAACGCAAUGGUGCAUGGUGGGAAUGUGGCAGGCACGGAGGGGGGCGUGAGGUUCCAAGGCGCAGCAGCGGGGGCGGAGUGGCCGGUGGGCAACAAGGGGCAGUUCCAACCGUACCACUUUGCGAACAAAAAAGUUCACUCUUGUGGCGACGGUGAUGAUUAA